AUGGGCGCCAGUCUCGCGAACAGGGACCCCUCGAGCCGCAUCGCGGCGUCGCAGAAGCGGGCGCCCUACACCCGCAGCUGGAAGCCCGUGCAGGGCCUCACCCACUCGCGGCCCGACAACACGACCGACCUCGACAUCCGCCAGAUGAUCUGCCAGGUGCACGCCGUCGUCUACCCCGUCUGCGAGUUCUACCAACAAUACGGACGUAACCAUCCGGAGUGGAAAGAACGCACAGAUGUACUCAAGGAUCAGCUCGGCGUCGUUAUCAAGCUCGAGGAGACCCUCGUCGCGGCAAUCAAGGCAGACCAGGCCUGCACCCGCAUGUACACGAUGAUGCGGUGCGAGGUGUGCGCCACGCGUACAUUCAUCCUAUGGGCGCUGCGGAGCGAGCAGCAGCUUUAUGCGGCCACUAACUUCGUUCUGCUGCUUCUCGAGGUCCCGCUGCCGAUCAUGGUGAUGACCACUCACGAGCUCACGAUCAACGACUACCUCUUCAUGCGGGUCCCCGUGGACAUCCUGGUGGCUCACAAGAGCACGGAGCUGCUCGCCCAGUUGUACGACAUGCUGAUGGCGCACGCCAAGUCGUUCUACUGGAUGCGCCACUUUUGCCAAUACAUCCGACAGCGCGUGCCCAACGUAGCGCCACAUGCGCCACCAACAGCCACGCUGACCGAGAUUGAUUGCACAGAGCCUCAGGUUGGGCGUGCGCACGUGUAA